AUGGACAUCGUCCCCGUGACCGAGCGCAGCUGGAGUAGAGAGCAGAAGGCAGAGAUCCCAGCAGCCAUGGCCUCAGGGACUCCUGAACAGGAAAUCACAGAGGAACCCAUAUGUCCCAUCUGCCUGCAAUAUUUCACAAAGCCAGUGAGCGCAGACUGCGGGCACAACUUCUGCCGGGGCUGCAUCACUCGGUACUGUAAAGAAUGGACAACGGGAGACUACGGGCCUUUGUGCUGCUCCGUCUGCAGAGCUCGGAUCCGGACAGGGAAUCUCCGGCCCAACCGGGACCUGGCGCAUAUAAUAGAAAAAAUCCAAGAAGAGGGUUUAAAAGCAGACGAAGCGGGAAAAGAGAAUCUGUGUGCGAGACACAAGGAGAAACUCAACCUGUUCUGUGAGAAGGAUGGGGAAGCCGUGUGUGCGGUUUGCGAGAGAUCCCCAGAGCACAGGUCUCACCCGGUGCUUCUCCUUGAAGUGGCUGCCUGGAAAUAUAAGAAACAAACCCUGACCCAACUGAAGACUCUGAAGAAAGAGCGAGAGGAGCUUCUGGGAUUUAAGGAGACCGAAGAGAGGAAAAUGAAGGAGUACCGGGUAAGUGCCCAUACUGAGAGGCAGAAGGUUGUGUCUGAAUUUGAACAGCUGCACCAGUUCCUGGAGGAACAAGAGCGACUCCUGCUGGCCCGGCUGGGAGAGCUGGAGCAGGAGAUUGUGAGGUGGCAGAACGAGACUGUCACCAAACUCAACAAGGAGAUUUCCCAUCUCAGCGAGCUGAUCAGUGAGAUGGAGGGGAAGGGGCAGCAGCCAGCGAGGGAAUUCCUGCAGGACUCCAGAAGCACCUUGAGCAGGUGCAAAAAAGGGAAGUUCCAGGUGCCGGUGAAGAUCUCUCCUGUGCUGGAAAAAAGACUCAGCAUUUACUCUCAACAAACUCUUGCUCUAAAGGCAACUUUGAGGACCUUCAAAGAGAAUGUGACUCUGGAGCCAGACACGGUUUAUCCCGGACUCGUCCUGUCUGAGGAUCGGAAAAGUGUGCAAUGUGGAGACACCCGGCAGGAUCUGCCUGACAAUCCCGAGAGAUUUGAUCCCGUUCCCUGUGUGCUGGGAUGGAAGGGGUUCACUUCGGGGAGACAUUGCUGGGAUGUGGAGGUGGGAGGUGGGGAACGCUGGGCCGUGGGGGUGGCUAGAGAAUCACUGAGGAGGAAGGGACUGAUCGACUUUAACCCUGAGGGGGGGAUCUGGGCUGUGGAGCGGUGUCUGGAUCAGUACCGGGCUCUCACCUCCCCUGAGGUCCCUCUCUCCUUGAGCCGGAACCCCAGAAGGAUCCGGGUUUCUCUGGACUAUGAGGCAGGGCAGGUGGCAUUCUGCUAUGCAGAUGACGAGGCCCCGAUCUUCACUUUCCCACCGGCCACUUUUGCUGGGGAUAGAAUCUGCCCUUGGCUCUGGGUCUGGAAAUCCCAACUCCAACUGUGUCCCUGAGACGGGGCGGGUGGUGGGGAGAGAGAUAUCCCACUAGAAUCCCAUCAACAGAUGGGCUUCUCUAGGACCUACCAUCACCUGGAGGCUACAGAGGGCUUCUGCCUCAUCAGAACAGGAAGAAGAUCGUGAUGAGGCUAGACCAGAAACUGAUAUUGACCAGCUUGUUCAGCACUUAUUCUCUGCAUCCCUGGAGGACUCUAACAUUCAGCAGGGUCAGAGACUGAGAUGGGCAGAUCUGGUGGAGGGGAGGAGAAGGUGAGGACUGGAGAGGAAACCUUUUGUGCUGGGCGGGGGGAAUUAAUAAUCUCCACAGAGUAGGAAUGUUGUAUAUAGAAUUUUACAAGAUUAUUUUUUAUUUUUAUGCAGUGGAUCUUACAUUGUUGUUAUUCACACAAUCGUUGUUGUCUACAGGGAAAGGUUUGUUUGUUGUUUGGGUUUUUUAUGUAUAUUAAUUCUAUAAAACCUCCCUUUCUUCUGGGUGUGGGGUUUAAGAUCCCAACUCCA